AUGGUUUUAUUUGGGAUAGUUUUGCCCUUGCCUUCUCUUUUCACCUCCCUGUCCUUGGUUCCACAAACUCCAAGUUUCCAACUCGACUCUCUUUUCCUUUCUAAAUUUAACAUCUCAAACAAAACCUUCAAGGCUGACUGGGAUAUGACCCUUAAAAUAGAGAACCCCAACUUGGUCUCGACGGUUCACUUCAAUAGCAUAAAGGGCUUGAUUUCAUGCAAAGGCAACUCUCUUGCAAUAUACUCAAUAGAGCCAUUUGAGUUGGGAUACAAGGAGCAUAGACUGGUGCACAUGAAGAUAUCAAAAUAUCAAACAAUGGCAAAGAAUGAAUGGGUUUCAGACAAGAUCAAUAAGCAACGAGAUGAGAAUGGAGUUGCGAGUUUCAGUCUGACAAUGUUUGUUUCAGCUACAUAUAUGACCGGCUGGUGGGAAAUCGAAAAGGUUGUGUUGAGCCCUCAGUGUUUGGAUUUGAGGGUUGUACGUCUUCCUUCCUAG